GCCCUGUCCACAGUACCCCUCGGUCCCCUCUAAAUAAUAAACGUGCCGCCCCACCGAGCUACCCCAACUACACAUCAUCAUAUGUAUAGUCUCAGUUUUGAUACUCUGACAUACCAUACAUAUCGCCGUCCUUACGCAAGGAUGGUAGACGCACCGAAUUUGAGGGAAAUCCAUGAUUUCCUGAUCGACAUUGCUGCCGAGGCGGGGAAGGUAAUUACCACCAGCCUUCCCAGGAUCGAUUCCACUGGCUCAAAGAAAAACAGCUCGGAUCUGGUCACCGAGUAUGACAGGGCCGUGGAAACUAUGGUUUCUCAGAGACUAAAAGCCAAGUAUCCAACAUAUGAAUUUCAUGGCGAAGAGACGUAUUCACCUGAUCGGCCACUCACUGAAAAGCCCACGUUCAUUGUCGACCCAAUUGACGGGACAGUUAAUUUUGUACAUGGCUUCCCCAGUUCGUGCAUCUCAUUGGGGUUUGCGGUCAAUCGAAAGCCACUUGUCGGAGUGGUCUAUAACCCUUUUACUGAUACACUAUACUCGGCCAUUAAGGGCCAAGGCGCCUUCCUUGACCGGGACACACCACUGCCUCUCAAAGGCAACCAAUUGGAAGCUCUCAGUGGUCUCGAAAAGGCCUUGAUCGCAUUGGAAUGGGGAUCAGAGCGGAGUGGGAGCAACUGGGAGACGAAGGUGCGGACUUUCGAAAACCUUGGCAAGACUCCUCUCAACCUCUGUGCAGUUGCAUCUGGCACAAUAGAUUUAUACUGGGAGGGGGGUUGUUGGGAAUGGGAUGUGUGUGCAGGGUGGGUUAUCUUGUCAGAAGCAGGCGGUCUCAUGGCAGGGGGUAAUAAAGAAGAUUGGGAUCCUGCUAUUGAUGGACGAGCAUACCUCGCUGUCCGUCCAUCGCCUAAUGGUCAGGGGCAGAAGGAGAUCGUGCAGGAGCUUUGGAGCCAUAUCCACGGACAUUUGACAUAUUAGAUCUAGGUGUCAUCAUGGAGGCUAGAAAGAAUUAUAAUCAAACAACAUAGUAGAUGCACUCGAUAAUUCACACCAUGUCAUAUUUCCCGGUGAUUGAGGCUUUCGAAUGUGAAUAUUUUGAAUACCUGAAUUAUUUAAUGCCGCAAUACAUUAAAAUAUAUCGCCGGGCGUGGCUUUCUCACCCUUUAUACCCUUUUCGAUUUUGACGAGCAUCCUAACAACAAUCUGUCGAUCGGAUUUGCAAAUUGGCAUCGA